UCGUCAAGGGGAGUGAAACGGAUUCUUCCAAGCUAAAAAAUGACAAGGCUCGCCAUCACCUUCAGACAGCAGCAGAGCUGCUUAUGUGUAGCGAGAAGGCGCUGGAAGAUUCUCUUUGCAAACGUGUUAUUGUCACUCCAGACGGAAGCAUCACAAAACCACUCGAUCCAUCUGCAGCUGUCACAAGCAGAGAUGCUUUGGCAAAGACAAUGUAUUCCAGAUUAUUUGAUUGGAUUGUGGACAAGAUAAACAAUUCUAUUGGUCAAGAUCCCAAUGCUAAAAGCAUAAUCGGGGUCCUGGAUAUUUAUGGGUUCGAGAGCUUCAAAAUUAACAGUUUUGAACAGCUAUGCAUUAACCUAACGAACGAAAAGCUGCAACAGCAUUUCAAUCAGCAUGUAUUCAAGAUGGAACAAGAAGAGUACACAAAAGAGGAAAUAAACUGGAGUUAUGUUGAAUUCGUAGACAACCAAGAUGUCUUAGAUCUUAUUGAAAAGAAACAAGGAGGAAUAAUUGCUCUUCUUGAUGAAGCCUGCAUGUUUCCGAAAGCAACUCACGAAACAUUUGCGCAGAAGAUGUACCAGACUUAUAAAGGACACAAACGCUUUAGCAAGCCAAAACUUGCUCGAACUGAUUUUACAAUAAAUCAUUAUGCUGGUGAUGUUACUUAUCAAGCUGACUAUUUCCUGGACAAGAAUAAGGACUAUGUUAUUGCAGAACAUCAAGCUCUUUUGACUGAUUCGAAGUGCUCGUUUGUUGCAAAUCUCUUCCCUCAAUUGCCCGACGAAACGUCAAAGCAGUCCAAGUUUUCUUCCAUCGGUGCGCGCUUCAAGCAACAACUACAAUCGUUGAUGGAAACCCUGAGCACAACAGAGCCACAUUAUAUUAGAUGUGUAAAGCCCAAUGCAGUUCUGAAGCCUGGAAUAUUCGAGAACUACAAUGUCUUAAACCAGUUACGAUGUGGAGGUGUAUUAGAGGCCAUAAGAAUAAGUUGUGCUGGAUAUCCAACGAAAAGAACAUUUGACGAGUUCAUAGACCGGUUCGGAAUGCUAGCACCAGAUGUUGUGGAUGGGUUUGAUGAAAAAUCGGCAUGCAUUGAAAUAUGCGACAAAAUGGGCUUACGUGGCUAUCAGAUUGGAAAAAGCAAGGUGUUUCUUAGAGCAGGGCAGAUGGCUGAAUUAGACGCUAGAAGAGCUGAAGUUCUGGCUCAUGCAGCAAAACGUAUUCAGAGGCAGAUCCGAACACACCUUACCAGAAGGGAGUUUAUUAUCCUACGAAGGGCUUCCAUUAAUAUCCAGAAACUCUGGAGAGCAAGACUUGCACGUAUGCUUUAUGAAAUCAUGAAGAGAGAAGCUGCUUCAAUCCGAAUACAGAAACAUGCACGUGCUCACGCAUCGAGAAGAUCUUAUACCAAAUUACAGGGAGCAGCAAUAGUUAUUCAAACUGGUUUGCGAGCAAUGGCAGCACGAAAUGAGUUCAGACGUAGAAGACAAAACAAAGCAGCAACCAUCAUUCAGACACGAUGUAGAAGUUUCCAUGCACUUUCUGCAUUUAAUCGGCUGAAGAAGUCCACUCUUUCACUCCAAUGCCUAUGGCGAGGGAGGUUAGCAAGGAAGGAGCUCCGAAAACUGAGGAUGGCAGCAAGGGACACAGGAGCACUCAAGGAAGCAAAGGACAAGCUGGAAAAGCGUGUCGAGGAGUUAACAUGGAGAUUAGACAUUGAGAAGCACUUACGAGUGGAUAUUGAAGAAGCAAAAGGGAAAGAAGUAGCAAAACUACAGAAUGCUUUACAAGAUAUGGAAGCGCAGCUUAUCGAAGCACGUGCCGCAAUCGUUCAUGAAAGAGAAGCUGCCAAGAUAGCAAUCGAACAAGCCCCGCCAGUUAUCAAAGAGGUGCCUGUUGUUGAUAACAUAAAGGUGGAGCAAUUGACACUUCAAAACCACGAACUUGAGGAAAUCAUUAAUGAACUAAAGAAGCGGGUAGAGGAAUUUGAGCAGAGUUACUCCGAGGUGGAAAAAGAAAGACAUGAGAGGCUUAAAGAAGCAGAAGAAUCACAGAUCAGAGCUUCACAAUUACAGGAAACCAUUGAAAGACUAGAAGUGAACCUAUCAACUCUUGAAUCGGAGAAUCAGGUUCUACGCCAGCAGGCUUUGGCUGCAUCAGCUAAAGAGGACUUCACUGAGGAAAUGGAAGUAUUGAGAGUAAAGAUAAGAGAUUUGGAGUCUGAGAAUAGGGUUCUCCACAGUAGAGAAGUGGUUGUGGAGCAAAUAUCAACUUCUCAUAACCAAGUUGUAAAGGAUUUGGACAAUGGAUAUCAGACUCAUAUUAAUGGCUUUCAAACGACAGACCAGGAUCCAAUAAGAAAUGUAGAACAGCACGUAACUAACGAUCCUGAGGCUACUCCCAUUCGCCUCACUAAACAGAGAUCCUUGACAGAGAAGCAGCAGGAAAACCACGAUGCACUAAUCAAAUGUCUCCUUGAAGACAAUCGUUUUGACAAGAACAGGCCUGUUGCUGCCUGUAUUGUGUACAAAGCACUCGUUCAGUGGAGAUCCUUCGAAGCAGAUAAAACAAAUAUUUUUGAUAGGAUUAUUCAUGCAAUCCAAUCAUCAAUAGAGAACCAGGAGAACAGCAAUAAUCUCGCCCACUGGCUGUCAACAACUUCAACUCUUUUGUUUCUUAUACAAAGAACAAUCAAAGCAAGCAAUACGUCGACAUUGUCUUCAAAACGUAACCGGAGUUCACCAAUCACACUGUUUGCUAGAAUGGCACAGGUGCGAUCAUCUUCUAUGACCACCGGACUAUCUAGUGGAUACAGCGGGAUGGAGGGUAAUCCGAUUUUAAAAUCAAGAAUCGAAGCUAAAUACCCGGCGUUAUUGUUUAAGCAACACUUGACCGCCUGUGUUGAGAAAAUAUAUGGGAUGAUUCGUGAUGGCUUAAAGAAAGAGAUCAGUCCAUUUCUCAAUUUGUGUAUCCAAGCACCAAGAGCUGCAAGGAUCAGACCAAUAAAAGGGUCGUCUAAGAACAUCCAUUUACAUAUCAUAUCAAAACAACAGGGCUCUAGCAUACACUGGCAGAAUAUCGUCCGCAGUUUGGAUGAUACCAUGGGGAUAUUGUCAGCAAAUUAUGUUCCUUCUACAAUCACCAGGAAAAUUUUCAGCCAGGUAUUCUCGUUCAUAAAUGCUCAGCUCUUCAAUAGCUUACUACUCCGCCGUGAAUGCUGCUCAUUUAGCAAUGGUGAAUAUGUAAAAGCUGGUUUACAAGAAUUAGAACAUUGGUGUGCGAGAGUAACAAAUGAGUGUGCUGGAUCCUCAUGGGGCGAGCUCCAACACAUAAGACAAGCUGUAGCUUUUCUGGUCUUGCAUCAGAAAACUCACAAGUCAUUGGAUGAGAUCACGAACGAACUCUGCCCGGUAUUGAGCAUCGCACAAAUAUAUAGAAUUGGAACCAUGUUUUGGGAUGACAAAUAUGGAACCCAAGGAUUAUCUUCAGAGGUGAUUGCAAAGAUGAAGGUGAUGACAGUAGAAGAUUCAAUUAGUACACCAAACAAUACGUUCUUACUCGACGUGGAUUCAAGCAUACCUUUCUCCAUGGAUGAGAUAUCACAAUCUUUCCAAGAUAUCAAUCUAUCCGAUGUGGAUCCACCGCCCCUCCUUCGUCAAAGAUCAGACUUCCAUUUUCUGUUGCAGACAACAGAAUAAGAUUUUUUUUGCAUUUCUACAAAUUUUGAUUCCGUAGAAAGCAGUACAGUUUUCUCCAUUUCUGAAGAAUACCCAUCUUUUUUUCUUUUGGGUGGUGAGAGAGUGAGUGUGAGUGUGAGUGUUCAGAAUAUAAACCCUAAUUUUUCAUUUGACAAAUGUUAAUUUUUUUUCCGAUUAAAUUUGUCCCUUGUAAUCGAAACAGCAAUCACAUUUAUGCAAGAGAAACAUCAGUAGAAAGAGAAA